GUUAAAUCUUGCAGAAAACUUUAAAAAAACCUGACUUCGGAAAAUGACUUUCGGGGUUUUCAAUUCAAACUUUUAAAGUUUAUUAUUUUCUCCUGUUUACUUUGCGUGUGGCUUCUUUUCAAUAAUGCGUCUGUGUAAUUCGGGGAUUAUUUUCCUUAUUUUGGCGUGUUGUACCGUCGUCCUGUCCGUGGAGUUAACCAGGAAUAAACCUGCGAAAGAUUUGCUGAAGUUGUCGAUGCCCAGCAAAGCGAGGAUCAAUGCUAAACGAUUUCGACGAGAUGCAGACCCUACGGAACCUCCUGAUGUAUUGAGCUUUGGCAUGGAUAAAGAAAAAUGCGAGGAUCCUACUAUUUCUGAAGACAGAGAAAUUACUAACUUUGAUGUAAGCCUUGAGUAAUUUAAAAUACGAUCUAUUGUUCUUCGCGUGCAUUCACGAUUUUGUGCAGUGGUUGUGCUAAAAUUUCCGCGUUGGUUUCUUGUUUACAAUUUACAGUGGAAGUUUGAAAACGAGACAAAACUUAGCAUAUCAAUGGCAUGGAUAGGAAAGAGAAAGACCGGGGAAGCAUCAGUAAGUUAACAUUCGUUCAGCGUAGCGAGAACUGGUUAUGUAAACAAGUAUAGGCUUUUAUGUAAAUUCUCUGCUGUAGUUGUUAUUUUCGUUGGCUGUAACGGCCGCUGGAUAGCUACACAUUGCUCAACAUUAGUAGGGUUAAGGAAAAACAAAUAAACGUUUUCUGAUGGCUUUUGAAUUGUUAAGGCUUGCACCUUCCGUGAGCGUCGUGAGAUUUUAUUAUUGAAAUUUGCACUUCGAUUUCCAUGGAUUCCGACAUUUUGUAAAUAAAAUGUUAACUUUGUCUGUAGAGGUAACCUAUAUUAUAGUGACAUGGGUGAAGGUGAACAUGACGCUCCCUUCAAACCUAUCACUCUAUUAUUAUUGCCUGAACCCAAAAUACCUCUGAAUUCAUGAUCAUAAAAUUUUUUAAAGCUGAAAAUUAUGAAGUCUCUCAGCAGCUGUAUGUAUGUACACUGUAUUUAUUUACUCAGGUGAUGAUAUUUAUUCUUAAUAGUUACACUGUAUGGUGAAAGAUGUCAAAUAUUCAAGGGAAUUCUGUGAGCAGUCAAUCGUCUUUGAAGGGGGCAUAAGGGGGAUGGCAUUACCACAAAACGGCACAGAUAUACGUAUAAACACCACACAGAAUAAUAACUAUAAGAAAACUGAAACUGCAUCGAAAUUAGCCAAAAAUAUUUAAAUAGACCACAAACCGCUUGGUUUUGUGAAACUGCAAUACUGAAAAUUGAAAUUAAAGUUUCCUCAAAAUGGCACCAAAAAUUGACCAGAACCACUUCCCCGCAAAUCCUUGCGCCCCCCUCAUUUCUCAAGUGAACAUGUGAAUUAAGAAAAAUAAUUUUGGUAAGAUUUUCAUAUAACCCCAUACAUUUAUAUUGCAUACAUGUUUCAACUCUAUUCAUAUGUAACUAUUUGUGAGAAAAAGUAUGAAAUUGGUGCAUGCAUAAUGAAAUUAAUGUUUGGGGUUACAUGGAACUCUUACCAAAAUAUUUAAUAGAACAAUCAAACUUCGUGGCUUUUUCCAUCUUGUUCAAAUUAUUUGUCAAAGUGUUGGCAAAUUUUUUUGAGCUGAAUUCUAAAGGACCAUACCUAAUUCCAGAAAAAAAAGAAAUUGUUGUUUUGUGUUUACAUCCUCCAUAAAAUGUGAAAUCAGGAAGUUUCUUGUCCUACGUGUGGGAAGGCAAAGAAAUGUACAAAAAAGUGUGAUGCAUAUUCAGAAUUGUUGUUCUACUAAUCUAAACUUCUAGCUUUUGCUGUUCUCAGUACCUUUUUAGUCUGUCAUUGUGCUAAGCUUAAGCUCUGUUAUGACUGGAAAUAAGACUGUACGGUGUAGAAUUAACAUCACUGUAGAUUUUUACAUUGGAGGCAGUAUAGCAUUGUCAGAAAGAAGAGGAACCUGGUAGGGGUUGAGAUUGGUGGAAUGUACUCUAUAAUCAUUGAUAGUUACAAGCAGAAAAUUACAUCAUAACAUUUGCAUUCUUUUUUCUCUUAAUAGGCACUGCUUCUCUUAGCUACAACAGAGUUUUCUUUUCUGUUCACCAAACCAUCAGUCCUAUAUAGAAGGUAUAUUGUAACCAUUUUUGAUGCAUACAUGUCAUAAUUACAGUCAACUCUCUCUAAGACAGACACCUUUGGGACCGGCACUAAGUGUCUGUCUUAGAAAGGUGUUCGUCUUAUAGAGAGUCAAAUAAAGGGAGUAAAGAAAGGCAAGGGCCAACUCUAGGUGUCCGUUUUACAGAGGUGUCCGUCUUAUAGAGGUGUCCGUUAAGAGAGAGUCGACUGUAUAUAUAACUCUAUGUACAUGUAUGUACUGUUUAUGUUUAUGACAUCAAUAUCACAUUAGCAAAUGAUUUUCAACUUUCAUGCAACCUUCAGAUCAGCCGAUUCAAAUCCAUCUUGGAAAAUUUUGGCCCCAUCUCGAAAUCUUGGAAGUGUUUGUCAUGGGUCUCGAACUCACACUUUCGGUGAUUUUGCAUCUCAUAGGUUCUAAUUAAUUUUUUGAAGUCUCAGUCUCGAAUUUUGAAACCAGUCUUGCAAAGUCUCAAAUUUACCAUUCUAUACCCCUAAUUAUCCAGGGUUCUAUUUAGGGUAUCUGGGGGGGUAGAAGCUUCCUCCCAAAAUGCCCAGCUCCCCCCCCCCCAAAAAAAAAAAUGUUGUUAUCAUUACGGUAAGUAACUAUAUCAGAAAAAUCAUCCAGAUGCGACGAGGUCAUUGCACACUGUAACAUUUCUCAAAAAGUGUCAAAAUGCACUAGAUUGAAUCUCAGUGUAUAUUUAUUCAGAAAACUCAUGGCCUUUGGCCACUCGAGACUUCUCCCCCAAAUGAAAAGUCCUAGAUAGAGCCCCAUUAUCGGAUCCUUAUUUGGAAGAGGCUCAGAAAGUGGUCGUCAAGUUAGUAUGAGCAACACCUUUGUGACUAAUCAUGCAAUGACUGUUCAGUAUGGUGGAAGCUCUGAUCAGUGGACAUUACCACAGCGUAUUGCUAUCAUUCUUUUCUUUACGUGCCCAAUAUUGAAUUAAACAAUUUAGCAAAAACAAAAUAACUCUAUAUGUCAACCCAUCAGUGCCCCCGACCAGAUUCCGGACAGAUUUUACGUCGUCCGUGUGGAAUUUUUGUCGCUGAUGCACAGUUGUCCCAGGAAAGACAGCUGUAUUCACUGGCUAUGAAGUUUCAGGCUUUCUGCUGACCUUAUUUUAAGCUUUUCAAGAAUACAAACAUAUCAAUCAAGCUCAACUUUUUCUUUGUCAACAGUGAUGACUUUGGUAAAAAGUUCCGCCCUAUCAAUGCAGAGAUAUUUAAUACACACAUCAGAAAAGCUGGUGGAAUUAUGAAAAGUCCUGUGAAUCCCAAAAAGGUUUGUUGCUGAGGGCUUAGAAAUUCUGUUGUAUAAUAUUGUUGUUCAACACGAAGCUCAGGUAAAAGUGGUGUCCUUUGUUUCCUAAAGAACAAAUGAAAGUGGGAAUCAAGCACGAUUGAAACCAUUUUAACCUGAAAUUCUUUUUGAACUACAACUUAUUUAGGAUAUUCAAGAAUUUAUGGAUGGUCAUGUUCAUGGUUAUUUUUCCCUGUUUACUUUCACUGGUAGAUUUCGUGUACUAUUUUAUCAUAAUAAUAAUAAUAAUAAUAAUAAUAAUAAUAAUAAUAAAACUGUGAAAGGUUUGAACCCAGGAGUCAUUUCAAAAGGUUGAGUUUGAUCAUCUGGGUGAACGAAGUCCUGAAUAGGACUGUCGUUGUCGACUGACAGACGACCAAUAACAUCGUGACAUAAUUGACCAAUCAGAUCAAUAACCAGAGUAUAAUACCAUCAACUGACGUGAUACAACUCACUUUGACUCUGAAGAUGACUACCGCACAGGUUGUCGAAACGNUCCUGAAUAGGACUGUCGUUGUCGACUGACAGACGACCAAUAACAUCGUGACAUAAUUGACCAAUCAGAUCAAUAACCAGAGUAUAAUACCAUCAACUGACGUGAUACAACUCACUUUGACUCUGAAGAUGACUACCGCACAGGUUGUCGAAACGUCAGUCACUGUCAACAACAACAGUCCUAUUCAGGACUACGUUCACCCGGACAAUCAAACUCAACCUUUUUAAAUAAUAAUAACAAUAAUAAUAAUAAUAAUAAUUAUUAUUAUUAUUAUUAUUUUUCCACUAUAGUUUUCCUUCAUUAAGUGCCCAUUUAUGGCAGAGUGGGCGCCAGAGAGGUUCAACCCUUAGAUUGGUAAGAAGUUUAAUAGAGAAUUGCACCAUCAUUCACUGUCUGGUUCUUUUCCUCUUUUCAAAGGUCAUCCUUGUAUCUCAUGGCAGUAUACUUUUCUUACGCAAUUCUGUGAUUGUAAGAACCAUUGAUGGCGGAGAGACGUGGACAAAUUAUCAAUUACCAUUUCAAGUCACUGGUCCCCUUCUCUUUCAUCCUCGAGAAGAAGAUUGGAUUCUGGGUAGAGGUGUUGUCAAUGGAAAGGUACAUGGUAUUUUUUGUUUGUUAUACACUACAGGCCAUGGGCAUUGCAGCAUUACACACGUCUUUCUUGGGUGUCAAUCCACCACAUUGCACACAAAUUACAUGAGAAAAUUAUACAGGCGUGAAACACGCAUUUAAAAAAUACACACAAAAAUACAUGAGAAGAUAAACGCAAAUUUUUGGAAAGGAAGUGGAAAAUUUUUGUUUGUGUAAAAUUUUAUACGUGUUUUUUGCAUGUAUUUUUCAUGUAAAUCCACCAUAUUGCUUGCUAUUUAGACUCCUGUAAAUGCUGCAAUACCCGUGGCCUGUACUGUAGAUCUUUACUAAAUUUCCCAGUUGGUUGAGUCAAGGCAGUGCUGUGCAUUGCAUUUGACUGUUACUGGGUUAUGGCUUGCAGUGCCAAGAAAAAAAAUACAGGACUCUGAAUUAGAAAAAUUGAAACCAUUUAAGAGGUGGGUUUCUGUGAAAAAUACCUUUUUUUUUACGGAACCAAAAAUUUUUAACAGAUGUUAAUUUUCCUAUGAUCUGUGGGCAAGCAUCCGGAAAAUUGUUUUCCAUGGCAUCUAAAAUGCUUGGACUUGAAACAUGCUUCAUUUCAAUGGGUAUAUCAAUAUGUUUUCAAUUAACUGCUAUUUAUAAGAAUUGCAUUUCUGGCAUGAAUGGUGAUGAGAUGAUACUUGUCCUUGUAGGUAUUUUUAUCAAAAGACUUUGGAAAAACGUGGACAUUUUUGCAGACUUAUGUUAGAGAUGUUAAAUGGUGAGAAAUGACAGUGAUGUUAUUAAAACACGUAACAGCUAUAGUGUAAUAAAAUAAAAUAAUAUUAAUUAUGGUGUAAUAUAUAUUAAAGUUGGUAUUACAUUGUAAUACUAGAGAUAAUCAUUGAUUAUUAAAGGAUCCGCAUUCAUCACUCAUGGAAACGAAAUCCAGUCGAGGAGUCCAGUUUCCUGGCCAAGACGCCCCUGAUAAAAUCAGUAGGGGCGGCUAAUCAGCAGUUGCCUGCAACACCUUGAAAAUUUGUGGCUUUGGAAAACCAAGAUUAGGAUGCGUUCUGAUGAAAGCAAAUAUUAUUGUGUGGUUCCAGAAAAUAUCCAUACCCCCCCCACGGAAGACCAUUGGAAAUUCCGAGGGGGAGGGGGGGUUCAAAGGCAGUAAUUUCCGAGGGGUAUGGGGGGUUCAUGGGAAACUAUUUUCCAAGGGGUGACAGACCAUGUACAAAACACUGAAACCCGGGGGGGGGACUCCCAUAUCAAACAGACGGGGAUGCUCGUCGGAAAUUUUGAAUUUAACCCCUAAAGGAGACCAUCUAGGCGUAGCUCAAGCUUUUUGUGACCCCUAAAGGAGACGAAUCUGGGCGUGGCUUAAGCAAAUUUUGACCCCUAAAAGAGACCGCUUAAAAACACACAAAUACGACAUGCAAUGAGUUUUAAUGAUAUAAAGAUAUAAUCAUCGAAUGCUUUUAUCUGAAAGAGGUUUUUAAAAGCAUUGUCAUAAAUCUCAAGUUCUUCGCGGAACCCUAAACGAGACCUUGGCGGCUUAAAAUAUUAGCGCUUUGCCCGGAACACCCUAAGCGAGACCAAAAUCCAAAAUUUACACCCCUAAGCGAGACGACGAGCAUCCCCGUCUGUUUCAUAUCGGAGUCCCCCCCCCGGGCACUGAAAGCAACGUACGAUCGAUCUCAAGCACAAAAACAUACCUACGUACGUUGUUUUGAAAAAAAAGUCGGUACUCCUGGCCAUUGACAUGAGAUUAACAUCAUUAGCUUUAAUGUUUCUGUUUUUCUUUGAGUUCGCUAGCGCUACAAUCUCCAGAAGAACGAUGUGUCUUUGGAACGAAGUCGAAAACGAUUGAAAAUGGCGGACAUAACUGGAGUCUUGUCUUCGUCUCGUCUUCGUCCGACCGACAUUAAAGUGCUUUCACUUCUGUUCACUGAGUAUCCCUUUUCGCUUCCUUGACAUGCAUGACACACAUUUUUGAUAGGUUUCAUGUUUUAUCAGCGUUUACUGUGCGUGGAAACUCAUGAAAAAUGCGAUGAGACGAGAAUACUUUCGUUCCCAUUUCUUGCUCGACCUUCACAAGGCCCGGCUACCUGGCUAGUAAAUUCUGCAAUCGUGACGACGUUCACGAAAUCUAGCGCAUUGGCAUGUACGUGUUGGUGAAGUUUUCGGCCCUUAAAUAAUAGUCAACCUGAAGAAACUGACAAAAUCUGUAGAAAUAAAAACAGCCAGACAGGAACCUUGUAAGUUUCUGGGUUUUUCUUGCUACCGUUUGCAAAGUUGUUUAAGCGGGUGAAACUUACAUUCUCUUCAUAACGUUCGUGUCGCAGUAAACACAAAAACGUAGAACAAUCGACGUUUAAACUUUGCAAACCAAAUGUUUAAGCUUAAUUUAUAAGCUUACAAAAAAACAACACAGACAUAAUUUGCAAACGUGAUGGCGAAAAAGCUAAAAGUUUGGCUGAAUAAUAAACUUAACAAACGUUUACGCUGCACUGUUGUAAUAAAAUUCUUCCGUAUUUUCAUAACUGAGUUAGUAUUAACUUUCUUUGUUUUUAAGUGCCCAAACUACUUUGAAUUUCUAAAGUGUGGUAAGCGAAGUCUCCAUUUUAAAAUUCUGGAAAUUCCUGGGGGGAGGGGGGGUCAUCAAAGACCCCCUGGAACGGAAAAUCCUGGGGGGUGGGGGGGUGCAAAUCAAAGUGUAUUCCGUGGUGGGGGUAUGGAUAUUUUCUGGAACCACACAUUAUUAAUGUUUGUGUUAUAGUAGGCGCUGGUGCAUGUUGUAAGAAAAUGACAUAAUUUCAGAUGUAAAAUUUGGUAUGAGAGCAAAUAUUUUUAAUGUACGGUAAAUUUUUAAGUACCCUGGGUACCAGAGGUUUUUUUCUCAUGUGCGACGGGGAGCUUUGUUUUGAAGACACAAACAGCGAAGCUGCGAGAAAAAACCUUUGGCACAGAGCGCCUUGAUUUACCGUCCUAGAUGGACCUUGACCUUGUCUCUAACUAAAGUGGCAGUUGCAAGACUGUUUAAUUAGCUAACUCAAAAGUAAUUAUCAGCGGAGUAACGACGCGUUCUAGCCACAUUAUCACAGUCACAUUAUCUUUAGAAAAACAAGGUGUAAAUUAAAAAUCAUUGCUAAUCUUGUCCCUGUGCAGUUCUCCAUAAUUUAUGUAACUUCAGUUUAAGCUGCAAUCCAUUCAUGAAAAUUUGAUUCUGAAAAUCACUGAAGGAGAAUUUAAAAAGAUAAAGGGGAUAAGGGAAUUCUAGCACAAGAGCACAAGAGGGACACGAGGAGGCAUACUGCUCGCACUCUCCCAUGCCCAAAUUCCACCAUCUUUGCCUUUAAACAUCUGGGUGAACCCAGGCUAGAUUCAGUUAUCUAUUUAAAAUGGAAGGUGAAAUGGUGAGUCUACCAGACUGUUGAAAGUGAUCCCUUCCUGUUUUCAUGUGUGAGUUUUUUUUCUUUGCAGGGGUGCCAGAACAGACAAAAAGGAUGACAAAGAAGAGAAGACAAUUCUUAUGACAGUGGCUGCCAGUGAGUUUAAACUGCCAUGAUGCACAGGAAAAAAUAACAGAUUCCCAAUAUUGGAUAUUUUAGGGUAUUUAAAGAAUACCCACAAAAAUCCCAAAUUUGGCAAAGUGAGACAAGUCCCAACCAGGGAAUUCCCAACCAAGUUCCCUGGUUGGNCCCAAAUUUGGCAAAGUGAGACAAGUCCCAACCAGGGAAUUCCCAACCAAGUUCCCUGGUUGGGACUUGUCUCACUCUUCCAAAUUUGGGAUUUUUGUGGGUAUUCUUUAAAUACCCUAAAAUAUCCAAAAAUGGGAAUCUGUUAUUUUUUCCUGUGAUGAUAUUUUUGUCUUUGUAGUGUUGACGUUAUGCAUUCCAGUCUUUUUUCAAAACAAUCAACAUUGUUUAGGAGAGAAGGGGACAGCAGAAGUAUAGGCUCUUAAGACAACAUUUCCAAGCUUUUAUAAGAAGUAGAGUACAAGUUAAUUUAGCAAAGUGCCACUUCUGGUCUAAAUGCCCACAAGUGUCCCAAGAUGGUUUGACCAGGUUUGUAGGUAUAAACAAUAGUAACCUGAAUAAAAUUUGACCUCCAACAUUUUAUACCUGACUUUACCUUUUAUGUAUUACUUUGGUUUUAUUUUGUAUUGCUUUCACUGUCCUGAUUUUUAGUAACCUGAAGUGAUUCUGUUACCUCUGCGUCCUGCAUCCCUAAUGUACAAAAAUCCUCAAAGAUGCAAAAUAAUUCAUGGCAUGUGUCCCGUAGGGCACAAAAAACGAUCGAUCAAUUUGAAGAUUUUGUGGUAGAAUAUCCUGUUGGUGUGAUUUCUGUGGCUGUUGUUUAAAGAUGCAUUUUAAUUAUUUCAGUCUAAUUUUUUUGCUUUAAAUAUAUAGAAGGACUAUAUUUCAAUUUUAGUAAACUGUAAUAAAGAGUUUUGGCAUCUGUCUCUAGAUUAACUAUCUGGUUACAUAAAGGCCCCAGCAUUUUCAAUUUGGGACUCCUUGAUUUUUUUUAACCCUUUAAGCCCCAAUAUCCACAUACAAAUUCUCCAAACUGAUCUCCAUACAUUUCUUUAAAGAAUACGUUGAGAGAAUUUGAUAAAGAUCAAAGCAUUUUCUCUUAUGCAAUCAUUUUGUUAAUUCUCAUAACCUUACUUCUUAACAUUGUAUGGAUAUUAUUAGGAGAAAAUUGAUGUUGGUCACUAUUGGGAGUUAAAGGGUUAACUGGGAGUCAUUGGUUGUGUACAGGGACUCAUGAUUACUCACGGGAUGAGUCCCAGGACACAUCAUAACUAUUUGUAACAAAAUCACUGAACUUGUACUUGACAACCAGUUGACAUGUGUAAUUUUAUGCAUGCAGUUUAGAUAUCCUACAGUUUUACUGGUGAAAAGUUGUAACUUGCAUUUAGAAGGAGUAAUUAUCCAUAGUCUGUCCGCUUCGAACACAUUGACUACCUAAAUGUUGAUAAAAAUAAUAAUAUUGAAAUGUUUCACAGGUCCUCAAGGCUUCCUGAUGGGAGAGGCUGACUUGAUGAGAUCAAGGGACCUGGGAGAAAAGUUUGAAUGUAAGUCAACAUCUGGUGAGGGGUUUCAAUAUUAAUUUUAUACUACGACAUCAGAAAUUUUUGCAAUUUGAUUGGCUUAGAGCAGUGGUUUUUCAGCUUUAUUUGAAAUGCCUACAUGUGAAAAUUACAAACCUUUUGCGGGUAGUAGUAUAAACAAAUAAUAGCAUGAUUUGUACGUGAUAUGUGGCAUAAAUACCACUCGUGAUAUUUCAAAAUUGUCUCAAAUUUCACUCACCUAACGGCUUGUGAAAUUAGGUAUAACAAUUUUGAAAUAUUACUUGUGGUAUUUAUGCCAAAUAUGACUACAACAUGCUAUUACCUAUACAAGUUGAAGUAGCCAGCAGGUUUGAAUAGAGUAACCAACUGUAUCAACAAGGGGCUUUUAGUUGCCUUCAUCUAGAAGGAGUCUGGGGGCAUGAAUCUCCAGAAAAUGUUGAAAAAUGCAAUUUCAUGGAUUCUGGGGACCAAGUUGGGUGUACUCAAAAGAGUGUGUUUUUCUAGCAUAUUGUAUUUCAGUCAAGUUUCGAUUUAUCAACCACACAAACAACUCCUAUCCUGUAUCAAAGCAUUGCACAAAUGACAAUAUUUAAUAAAAUUACAUACAUUACAUUUUUGUAAACAAAUUCUGUAUAACACUACAAAGAAUACUGAUGAAUAAUUAUGGUCUUACACUUUUUCAGCUAUUCAUGUUCAGCAUGUUUUUAGCUUUGGGCUUCAGGGACCAUUCCUAUAUGUAUCCAUUAACCAUAACAAGGUGACUAAAUUGUACUACACUUAGUUUAGGACUCAAUUACUUUGUAACACUUUCUGUGUCAAUGUAUUAUUGUUGAAACAGAGUUGUCUUCACUUUUUCCGACAUCACUGUCAUCAUCAGGGUUCCCAUCGCCUUCACUAUUAUUAUUGUGAGUGACCUUACACCAUCAUCAUCACAGUCUAGUAAUCACCAUUGCUGCCAUAAACAUCAUCAUCAUCAUCAUCAUCAUCAUCAUCAUCAUCAUCAUCAUCAUCGCUGUCGUUGUUGUCGUCUUCAUCAUCAUCGUCAUCAUCACUGCCAUCAUCAUCAUCAUCAUCGUCGUCGUUCUCGUCGUGGUCAUCAUCAUCAUCAUUAUCAUCAUUAUCAUUGCCAUCAUCAUCAUCAUCAUCGUUGUCGUUGUCGUCGUUGUCAUCAUCAUUGCCAUCGUCGUCAUCAUCAUCAUCUUGAUUAUCAUCUCAUCAUUAUCAUCAUUGACAUUAUUGAGAUAUUUGUCACUAUUUUUGUUUUUACAUAUACAAUGUAGCCUCUUUUGUUUUAUUUUUGUCACCUGUUGUGCUAAUUAUUUUUGCGUCAUCUGCAAACUCUCAUUACUAAAUUGUUUUAUGGAUCUGCUGUACAUAUGUUGUUUUUUCUGUUAGAAUAACAAUACACGCAUAAUGCACGUGUCUAAGGAUGGUGGGGAUUCUUGGAAUCCUGUUCAAGUGCCGACCAUCACACCUGAGAGGGUAAGUUUUACAGCAGCUGUCCAUGUGUUCGUGUGAUAUGGAAACAAUGUUCAGACCUGACAACCAUUUGAAUUCAAACCAUGAUUCAGUGGGGAGUUUAAGCAACGAUGGCAAUGGCAGAGAUAACGUCACCCAAAAAGUGUUUCGCACUGUUUCAAACUUUAUCGCUCUUAUUCCAACUCUUUUAAUUUGGCAAAUGUUGACGAUUUUUUCAGGAGUUGAAUUCUAAAGGACUGUAUUGAAUUGAGUUCACAAAAAGAAAAAGAAAAUCACUGUCUUGUGGUUAUGUCUUCCAUAAAAUGUGAAAAAAAAUUAACAAGUUUCACUUUGUAGUCUUGGAGUGAUGGCAAAGAAAAUAAUGUAUAAAAAAGCAUUAUGCAUGUGCAAAGUUGUUGUUUUGCCAAUCUCAACCUGUUGUUUUCUUGACGUUCUCAUUGCUGUCGCCAUCAAUGUUGCUUUAGCUCCCUAGUUCCCACUAGACAAUGACUGGAUGCAGCUCAAUACCUGGUAGCAGUUUAACUUAACAAGCUUCUGACUCAUGCCAUUUUUCUCCAAAUGACAUUUGGAUUUCAGACAUAAAAACUGGACACAUAUUUUUUUGGAUAUUUUACAUAAUUAUAGUUACACUUAGUUACCAUAGGGAGACAGAGGAGGGGCUUGAAGUUUCUUUGUUUACUUUUCUAAAUAAGCAUUGUGGUCUUGAAGUGUGCUUAUAAAUACUUUUCUGCUCGUGUUUUUCUUACAAUCUUUCCUACAAUCUAAAGUCCCUAAGACACUGAAAUGUUGAGUUAACAGAAUUUACUAAUAUGGUUAUUGUGAUUACAUGUAGUCUUCUACAUUGUACAUUAUGAAUAAACAGUGUAUCCAGACAAAGCCUUGUCUUGAUGUAUGAAUCUGUUGUAUAAAAUAAAUUUUUGUGCUCUAUACAGACUCUAGUUUUGAAAUACAGUCACUAGACAGUCCCAGUAUACACCGUCAUACAGUCAUUUAAUACUUUCACGUUAGCCAAAAUACUUCUUGUUUACCACCCCCCCGCCCCCCUCCAAAAAGAAAAAAUUGCAUAAGUGGUGUUUUCAAGUUUUCUUGGAAGGAUUGUAAAUCCCAAGAGAAUUGGAAACAAUGCCUAUGCAAAACCUUUUUUUUUUUGCGGGGUGGGGGGGGGGGGCGAUGGGGGGUAAACAAGGUGUAUUAUGGGAAUGGGAAAGUAGUGAACUUUGUAUUUCUAUGCUAGUUUUACUCCAUCCUGGACAUGUCUGAGGGGAUGAUCUUUCUUCAUGUGGAUGACCCAGGAGGUAAUUUGUGUACUUUGACUUAAGUUUGUUAAUACACUGCAGGGUUCAAAUUGAAAAGGUACCAUACUUUUCGCCAUCUGAAUCAAUAAUUUACCAGCAAGAUCCUGAAUUUUCAGAAUCUAGCAUUUAAGAAGUUGAAUUUUAAGUAUCGUGCCAGCAAAAUCUUGAAUAUUCAAGAUGUUAAAGUUUUUGAAGUGACCGGUGUAAAACGGUUCAACCAUAUCGUGUUUGCUUUAUUUCAGACACUGGAAAAGGAGUGUUGUACACUUCUGAUGCUGACGGGAUCGUUUUUAGUGAAUCUCUUAGAGACCACGUGGUGAGUUUGAUGCGUUUUUUGUGGAGGUAGACCACAAGCAGUUGUACUCUUUUCCUUAGAGUAACACGUUGCAUGUGAAAAAGUAAAAUUAUGAAAAUAAAUGCUUCUGCCCUCUUUCGUCGCGACUAUGCCCUCACCCCAUGUGCUCUUAAUUUACUUUGACUCAGAAGAAAAAUCAAGGACUGCUCACAGUAGUAUUCUGAAGGUAACAACCGAUUUCGCUACUUGGCGAACUCGCUACGUUCUAGUUCUCAACAAAUUCGCUACGGUUUUUUUUUCUUUGAGCCAUUGAAAAUAUUCCCUUAAUCGCUCUAGAAAAGAAAUCUUGUAAUAUAUUUGAGCUUACCCAACAAUGCCAAGACAAGAGCAGCAAGUCAGCAUCCAAAACAAUACGGUUUAGUGAGCUACAGUACAGGCCAAGGGUAUUGUAGCAUUACACGCGUGUAAAAAAAUACACGCAAAAUUUUGCAAACUGAGUGCAAAUUUUAAAUUGCGUGUAAUUGUUCGUGUAAAAUUUUACACGCGUGUUUUUGCGUGUAUAUCCACCAUAUUGCACGCAAUUUACACGCAUGUAAAUGCUGCAAUGCCCAUAGCCUGUACUGUAAUUAGUAACUCUGCUAAUGGAUUUAUCGAAGUCCUGUCAGAUAAAUAUUUUUACUUUGUGGAAUAUCAUUAAUUUUAUGAGGAUAUUGUUACACUGUACAUUGGGCUAUCACGGGACUGCAGUCAUCUUGUUCAUCUCAAAUGAAAAUGCUGCCGCUGUUAAUGUCGUUGUUUUUAUUUUUCGGUAAACAGUACACAAACUAUGGUGAAGUGAAUGAUUUUUUCAAAGUUGAGUCAAUGAAAGGGACUUACCUCACCAGCCGCAUGAAUAGCGGUAAGUAUGCCAUACAUUCCUGUGUCCUAGUCUACUUGUAGAUAUCUCUUACGUGAGGCUAAGAACACCCCAUUCAUGCUGUCUCAUCGUUAUUGCAGUCCCUUCUGUCUCUUCCUCAGCUACCCUGUUUUUUAUUUAUCCCACGGCUACCUAGCCUGCAACACAGACGAAACUAAACUCAGGUUAAGUCCGUCUGCCGCGGGAAACAGCGCCAAAAUCCAUGUUCUGGGUUCCCACCUGUGUACCAGGAUUUGAAUACGCGCCAUGAUUGGCCUGUUAAAAAUGCCAUUGUUGAUUUGCCAAUCAGGUUGAGAGGAAAUUCGAAACUCACUUCCGGUAGAUCGUUGAGUCCGUUGACGGUCUUGAACAAGAAUAUCGUCUCUGCUUCGCAGACGUUACUAACUGGAGUUUGUUUAUGUCUGCGACACAGGCUAACGGCUAUUAGUAAAAUCCAGCUAGUGGUCUAUUAACAAUGCUGUUUUCUGAUUGGCUAUAUAUUAUUGUCCACUAGUAGCGAAAAGCGCCGGCUUUUUGGCGGCAAAAAAAAUUAAUGUCUAGCUUUAACUAGUUAAAGUUUUCUUCGAUAUUAAUUUUUUGACCAACUAGUUGGAUUUUACGAAAACAAUUAUUCCUCUCGCCCUCGUGGCCUCUGAGUCAAUAGCCCAUUCGGCCUCGAGGAAUAAUUGUUAACUAUUUGGCAUAAAAGUCAAACUAUCCAUCUUUGCAGUGAAAGGCUCAACCUCGUUCCCAAGGUUCUCUAAUUUGCGUGGCAUUACAUAUUGUAGUGAUCGUUUCGCCCAGUUGUUGUGAAGUGCGAUUGGUAUAGGUAAUAGCAUGAGUUGUAGUGAUAUUUGGCAUAAAUACGACGAGUGAUAUUUCGAAAUUGGUAUACGUAAAGGCGAGUGAAAUUGGAGACAAUUUUGAAAUAUCAUGAGUGGUAUUUCUGCCAAAUAUCACAUACAAAUCAUGCUAUUAUUUGUUUAUACUACUGCCCGCGAAAGGUUUGUAAUUUUCACAUGUAGGUAUUUAAAAUUAAGCUGAAACACCACUGCUCUAAGCCAAUCAAAUUGCAGAAAAUUUUCAAGUACUAGUAUAGAGAAUGAAAAUCAGCAUUGCUCCAUAAAUUGAGAGAAAAAAUCAAAUCAAUGCUGUAUAAACUGGCAUUAAAAGGUGGAAUAAGGCGAGCAUAAAUUCCCAUGGAUUUACCUGCAUACUUGUUUUGUCACACAAAUUUCAUCAUCUAAAAACAAGGCGUCAAUUUUGUGGUGAAAUUUACAGCUGUGUUUUUAUGUGGUAUUCUUUUCCCAAACUGCAGAUAACUCUGUUACUUCGUUGAUAAGCUAUGAUCGUGGAGGAGAAUGGAAACUUAUUCCUUUAACUGAAAAGCAAUGCGAGGGAGUUUCACUGAAGGUAAAUAUUUAAAUGCCUCAUCCAUUGUGGAGAUAUUCUCAGACCUGCCUUUGCUGGUUUACAGUCGCUCCAAUCAAAUAUUCCAGACCUCCAGAUUUGAAGACGUGGACGACUGCGAUUUGGAGGUUUUCUCCGUAGAGAAAUUAACAGUUACGUUUACGGCGAACGACAAGUCGACAAACUUGAAUUUGUACCACAUGACCAAGUUUUCCCUUAACUUGUCGUUUACUGUUUAUUUUAAAUGCACGGAAAUCAGUAGAUACACGACAGUUUUAUCCAUAACAAUCUUUUUGAGCUUAGAAAUUCUCGACGUGAAUCUGACAUUUGCCAUUUUCCGUAUGCGUGGACUGUCGUAUGCGUGGCUCAAAUUUCUCUAAGUAAUACUAAGUAGUGCGGGCGCGUGAACCAGCGUCAUUUUGGCGGGAAAACGUGAUAGCUGUCGCCCCUCUACUACGAGUUUUAGCGGAGCUCCAUAGCUAAGGAAAUGUGGUAAUCUACCCAUCCGAGAAAAUUUGGUAAUCACGUGACCGUACACCGAGCGAGCGAUCGAGCGAGCGACCGUCCGUCCGCACCACAGGCAUACCAAUGUAAAAUAACUCAAUCAACAGGUAUGGCAACCCAAAUGCAACUCAAGGUUUUAUUUGGGUUGAAAUCACAUGGCCGCCCGGACUUUUAGAAAGAUAAACAACAACAACGUCGUGUGUUUUUCGGCGUUAUUUUUUAUGUUUACACUAACUUGGAUAACAGAGAAAGAGCUAGAGCGAGUUAUUGAAAACAGAGGAGACGAAUUUCGUAGGAAGAAAAACAUGGGAAUUCAAAGCGGCGGUCAGAAAAUGAGAAAUGCUAGCGGCCAGCAAGGUGAAAAUGAGCGGCAGUGAAAAAUAAAAGCGAACAUGAACACAGGAAACAAAAUAUUGGGUAAGCACAUACGACAAUUCCUCCAUAAAAAUAAUGUGUACCUAGGAAGUUUGACGUUUUGGUCGUACAAAACAGCGUUGUAGUCGUGCAAAACAACGGCAAGGAAAAGAUAAAAAAAGCGUGCUGCACGUGCAAAUUUGUUUUUUGCUAAUUAGAAGAAAAAGUGUGCUACACGUGCAAUUUUUUUUUUUUGGCUAAUUAGAUCUAUUAGUCUUGAAGCCAUUUUCAUUGUUGUCUCCGUUUAGCAUUACACGAUUUAUUUUUUUUGUUUACACGUAUUACUAGGAUAUCUAAAAGAUAGUUAUGCUGCGGCACAUUCUGUUGAUACUGGCAUUAGUUAGGCAGUGAGACUUAAAAGAAUCAAAAAUGACAUUGAAUGUCCUAUUUACAUGUUGGAAAGUACUAGAAUAAUUACUAUCAGUCCAUAGAAAGAACUCGUGGGAACGUUGUUUAGAAAAUGAUCAAGUGGUUAUCAACUCUGGUUUUCCCACAGUAAAUUGUAGGAAAUAAUAGAAAUUCAGAUUGUUUAUCCAUAUAUUUAAUAUACAGUGCACGAUAUUUUCUCUGGAAACACAAUACUUUUCUUGCUGUUUGUUGCACUUUAUUAAGUAACAGUUAUUUAGCUAUAUAUUUAUAGAAAACAACAACACAAAAAACGGAAAAAAAAGAAAGGAGGAAUAAAUAAUUCGGUAGGUCUCGAACCCGGCACCUUCGACUCGACGCGACUACACCUAACCACUACACCACAGAGGCUGAUUACGUAACCUUCCGGAAAAGUCUUUUACUUUUUUUCUUUUCCAUGAAACUUCCGCCGGCAAGAUGAUCGCCAGCCGCAUUAACCGAGCUAUUAACAGUGAAAAAAAAAAGGAAAGGCAUAUUCCAAGGCAAUGAAUGAAUGAAAGAACAUGAUUAUGCUUUUCAAAACGCCGAUACACGUCCUCGUCUGCAAAGUAGGGCACAAAACAUAUGUUUUGUUAUCUCGAUUUCCGCCGUUAUUUUGAAGCGAAUGGUCCAAAUCACAUCCAUUUUCGGCACAUACAGUUUCUUAAGGAUAGCAUUGCAUGACAUUUUCUCACUUUCACAUCACCUUCUAGCAAGCUGGAAUUUGUAUAUCCCCCGUGUUGCGAAGUCGAAGAGCAAAUGCUCACCUUCUCAUCAGGUUUAACACCUGGACGAGUCAAAGGCUCUUGAAUUGAAAUCCAAUCCCCAAGUUAACCAUCGUACUCAUCUGAAAGACUCCUGCGUGUCUUAAAAUUUGGUAAGACCUCUAACCGUGCUGUAGAAAAUUUCUCACAAAGAAAACUCUAAGUCUGAGCAGCGAACGAUGCACUCUCUCACCCACCGAACUUCCCCGUGUUUUUAUUUGAGUUGUUCGUGACGCAAUGCACUCUGGUUAAAUGCAAUGCAUUGUGGUAAAAAGUGAUGAAUUCGAGAAUUCGUCGCCCCUUAUAUAUUUCCUUUAAAUCCUGAUUAUGUUGCUGCUCGCUCCCUUCGGUCGCUCCGCAGCAAUCACUGUAACCAGAGCUUCGCUUUUAGCCCUUGCUAAAUCUAUAUAGUAGUAAGAAUGUCGUAGUGGCGGAAGCAAGUUUUCAAAUGUGAGAAUAUUUAUCACUUAC